AUGCCCACCUCAAUAGAAACACCUUCUGCCAACGUCGGAACGAAGCCAGGCGUGAUCGCCUCCAGUGACGCGCCCAUGGCCUCAGAAUCUCAGUGGUUUUUUUCGGAGGAGGAGCUUACUCGGACUCCGUCAAUCCUCCAAGGCCUCUCGCCGGCUGAAGAACGGGAAAAUCGCAGUAAAGGCGUCAAUUUCAUCCUUCAGGUCGGCAUCAUGUUGAAACUACCUCAGAUCACUUUGGCUACCGCUUCUAUAUAUCUACAUCGAUUUUACAUGCGAUAUCCAAUGGACUUUCGCAGGAAUGGAGGAUAUCAUUACUAUUCUAUGGCUGCCGCUUGCCUCUUCUUAGCCAUCAAAGUUGAAGAAAACAACCGGAAACUCAAGGAAUUAGUAGUAGCCAGUGUGAGGGUAGCGCAGAAGAAUCCAUACAAAGAGGUUGACAUAGUGAAUGAUCCGGAGUAUUGGAAAUGGAGGGACAUUAUCAUACGAUUCGAGGACACACUUCUAGACGCCAUCUGUUUUGACCUGAGCUUGGAUCCUCCAUACAAAACUUUAUAUGAUUUUCUACUCGUGUACGGCGAAGAAAACAAUAAGAAGCUAAGAAACUCCGCCUGGGCUUUCAUAAGCGACAGCUAUCUCACCACGCUUUGCUUGCUCUUUCCAAGCAGAACGAUUGCCGGAAGCGCUCUUUAUGCGGCUGCGAGGCAUAGUGGCGUCGCUUUUCCAGACGAUAGUCAAGGCCGGCCUUGGUGGGAAUUUCUUGGUAUAAACUUGGAGGAUAUUAGUAGCGCUUGCGAUCACCUUGCUAAGAUGUAUCGAGCUGCUCCUACCAAAGGAGGGCGGGACGAUAUACUUUACGAGACGACAGGACCAUUGAAUGAGGGCGAUGAUAAGACGAGGCUUCUAAGCGACCAUAGCGGUGCUAUUGACAAUGCAGAUAACCCCUCGCAAAAUUUACUCAAACGAGUAGCCUCAGACAAUGUCCUUUCAAAUGAGACUUUCGAUCGUACGGAUGCCGAGACGGCUCUUCGUUCAGAAUAUGCUCUUCGAAAACGACGGAAACUGGAUCAUGGGAUUGAAGAGCCUCAGCCCGAUGACCGCGUCGACCUGAACGAAACUUGUACGCAGAAAAUUCCCAAUAAAGCGAUCCACGAGACGGACGCUUCGACCAUGCGAAUCACAGCUCCAGCGAAGCUAACUCAAGCCGAUGCUUCAGAAUUGAUCGGUGCGAUAGAUGACGCUAGAGAUUCAGCUGCUCCGGUGGUUGACACGUAUACCGAGGACGGCAGACUGAAUACAUCCUAG